AUGGCGUCCAGCCGGGUGCUGGAGAGGGAGGUCCAGGAGGAGCCGAGGCGCGCUGCGACCGCAAACCUCGACUUCUGCCUCCACAAAUACUCCCUGCUCAUCAUUAUCGGACGGACGGCUCGCCUCAGACAGACGGACCACAUCAGCAGGGACAUUGAACGAGGUAUUCGGUCAUGGGACGUGGACUUAAAAUCCUGUAACCUGAACCUGUACCUACAAGAGUUCCUCUCCCACCACACAGCGUCCUUUAAAGGUGCGGGGCAGAAGUGUCUGCGCCACUGUACCAGAGUGUUGGACACUCAGGUGCUGAUCAGUCCAUCUCAGGAACAGGUUCACUCAGAGGUGUUCGCUCUGCUGUCCAGGGAAUCGGCUCACAAGCUGUUGAUCUUGGCGGGUCUGAGUGAAGAAGAAAGUGGAGACCUGCUCUUUCACAAAGGACUGUUUUCACCACACCAGCUCAAACAAAUCAUUACAGAGCAGUUUCUAGAUCAAGAAAGCUCUGCCUCCUCCAAGAUCAACCUGACCCUCAGCUGCCCGAACAUUGGCCAGUGGAGGAAGACUCUCUUGGGGAACCAGCCCCUGCAGGGUCCCUUAACUCUCCACAUUAAUCCCCCAGAGGUGCUGCCUGCCAUGGAGGCUCUGGGGGAAUUCACGUCUCUCAUCUCCGGCACCGUUUGCCCUCCUUCCCCCUUUGACCUCCUGCCACCUCCGACCACCGUGGGUUUCCUAAAGCUGUCCCGGCCCUGCUGCUACGUGUUCCCUGCCGGCCGUGGCGACUGUGCCUUCUUUGCCGUCAACGGGUUCACGGUGCUGGUGGACGGAGGCUCAGACUCUCAGGCCUGUUUCUGGAAGCUGGUCCGCCACCUCGACCGAGUUGAUGCCGUUUUAUUGACACACGUCGGGACGGAGAACCUCCCCGGUGUCGUCUCUUUCCUGGAGAGGAAGGUGGCCGAGGUGGAGCUGAGCACUGAUGUCAAAGAUGAUUUAUCCAAGAGGCUCAUCUCUCCAGAGCUUGGAGUUGUGUUCUUUAACGCCCCCAGCAGGUUGCAGAUGGAACAACAGCUUUGUGUGGACAAUGUAUUGAAGAGCACACACCAGGCGUCCGUAACCCUACAGUUGCUAAAGAAGUUAGACAUCAGGCCACAGCCGAUGUUUCGACCUCAAGGAGUGCCUAUUGAGUCGCUGACCCUGUUCCAAAAGAUGGGAGUGGGACAGCUGGAUUUAUACAUCCUCACCCCAGGCAAAAACAGCCAAGAGUACCAGACAUUCAUGCAAAACUGGCCUGACGGAGUGUCAUCAGCAUCUAAAUCCCAAACUCUCCCUCUCACCGCUUUGGCCUCAGUGUCUGCCCUGCUUGUGUGGCAUCCAGCAUGUCCUCAAGAGAAGGUGGUCAGGGUGCUGUUUCCUGGCGUCACCCCCCAGGCGAAGCUGCUGCAGGGGCUGGAGAAGCUGAAGGGGCUGGCCUUCCUCCAGAAGCCCACAGUGACUACUGGAGACUUAGAGAGGCUGGGGGAAGACAGGAAGACCAAGAGGACAGAGAGCCAGGACAGCGGCAAGUCGCAGGGGAAGGAGGGGACACCCAAACAUGGGAAAGAGCGAGGAGGAGUUAAAGAUGAAGGGAAGGAUGUAUCGUUGAAGGAAAAAGGGAAAUCGUUGAAUGGAGUUGCUACAAGGGAUACUGAUAAAACCAAAAUCAAAGAGGCAGGCAUGAAGCACAAAGCCGCAUUAUCAGAGAAGAACACUUCAAAAAAAGCAGGAGGGAAAGACGGGAAAAAAGAGAAGCCAGGCAACAAAGAGGAGAACGGUGUUACAAAGAACGAUCAGGCGAAGAAGAACGGCGUCCCAUCCAAACCAAAGAAUGAAAACAAAACGAAGCUCAAGAAGGAAGCAAAAAAUGACUCGAAAACGGGAGAGAAGAAAACACGAAAGCCAUCCGGAAAGGAGGCAAAUGAUGGCAAGAAGGUCAGCGCAAAUACCGAACUGCCAAAUAACCACUCAACAAAAUCGGAUGCUGGGGCUGUGUUAAAAAUCCCAGAGCAGGAGAGUCAAAAAACAGAGAAAGAGUCUGAGGAGAACCCCUGUGAAUCCAAAAUUUCUACCCCUGAGGAUAUGACAGCUGAUUUUCUCAGGCUCCGGGAGGAAACCGAAGUAGAGGAGGUGCAGGUGGAAACAGCAGAUAAAGACGAGCAGAAAAACAGCGAGUCAGGAAAUGAAAAGAGCCUUGGAGGCCCGAGUGAGGAUACGUGUAAUGAAACGGCUGCAGGAUCGGUGGAAAAAGAAGCAGGUGGUUCAGGGAAAAUGGAAGAAGAGAGUGGUGAUAAUGGACAUAUGUCUGGGAGUGGUGAGAAAGCUGACGUGGAGCUGAAGAAACAGCUUGUAGAUCAGCCAGGAAAUACUGCCAAGCCUGCAAGGGUUGUAGGUUUCCCAUCUCCCUUUAACAAGGCGCCAAAGGACGAGCCGCUGGACUUAACCCCGACGGAGUACACUCUUCUGGACGGGGCUCUGAGAAACAGCCCUCCUUCACAGUCCUCACCAGGAAAGCUGGCCCCGAACAGUCCCGACGAGGAGACUGUGGAACAGGCCUCCCCGGACUCACGGCCCAACAGCGCCGGCCACACUCCCUACUGUCUGUCCCCAGAUGAUGUGUGGUGCAACAGGGCCACUCUGAGCAGGCUACAGGCCCAGAUGAGUGACUCAGAUUCAGGUGAUGUCAACCACCCAAAUGGGUCUUCACAGCAAAAUGAGGGGCUGCCAUGUCAGCCCAAAAGUACCCCAGAGAGCCACUCAAACCCCAGAGAGAAGCACAUAAGUUUCCUUUCUUUAGGUUCAUUUAAAGACGUAUCUUCAGACCCCUCUCCGUCUGUGGCCACCACCACCACCACGACACACUCCAUGCCAGCAGAGGUGAGCUCGCCUCAGUCCACAGAAGUCGACGAGUCGCUGUCCAUGUCCUUCGAGCAGGGACCGACCACUGUGAGCCAGAGAGAGGGAGACGACAGCGUCUAUCACUCCCACUCCAACGGAGGCCAUUUUGUAGGAAUGUCUUUACAGAUGAAGAAGCCUCCCAGAUCUUUAGGCUCUGAGAUGGGCCGACCUCUGGCUCCGAACACACUUCAUUUAGAGGCGUCUGCUCACGAUGUAGACCUCUGUCUGGUUUCUCCUUGUGAAUUCAAGCAUUUCAAACCACCUGACUCCAGCUCAGGGGCCAGCGAGGCCUCCAGGGGAGCUCCGCAUCAGCACGGCAACAACAACAACAACCCCAAGGACACGUCGCCCAGUGAAUCGAACGCGCCCGCCUGCACAGAGGACUGUCCGUCCACCACAGCAGAUGGAGCUCUGGACUCGGAUGAGGAGGAUUCGUGCAGCGAGCCGUCGAACUCCCCGCACGAGCUUCGCGGCAGUCAAGCUCUGCCCCCGGACCCUCCUCCGGCCCCCCUCAGGGACAGUCCUCCCCUGCCUCCACAUCCUGACGCCUCCAUGCCAGUUCCUCAGUCUGACUCCGAUGCUCACGGGAAAAGAGUAAAAACUGCAGGCACACGAGGGAAAAAGAUGUCAGGGGUUAUUGAAGGCCCCCAGAAACUCAGCUCAGGGAAAAGCAGGACAGGAAGCCAAAGUGUAGUCACAAAGGGGAACGCCUCUUCUACUCGUACGUCGUCCUCCAGCACUCGCUCAGCACCAGCAAAAUCCUCACCCAGUCCAGGCUCUAAGUCUACCUCUGUGGGUGAGGUCAGCGUGUACGUGGAUCUGGCCUACAUUCCCUCUGGAGCCUCCUCCUCCACCGUCAGUGUGGACUUCUUCAGGUGCGUUCGCUCUUCUUGCUACAUCAUCAGCGGCGACGGUCCGGAGCGGGAGGAGCUGAUGAGGCAAACACUGGAUGCUCUGCUGGACGCCAAGAUGUCCUGGCCGGACACUAUGCAGGUGACUGUGAUCCCCACUUUUGAGUCGCCGUCGAUGCAGGAGUGGUACCAGCAGACCCUGGACAGACAGAAGGAGCAGGGCAUCACCGUCCUGGGAUCCAACAGCACCGUCGCCAUGCAAGAUGAAACCUUUCCUGCCUGCAAAAUCGAGUUCUAAGGCGGACUGGUUGACGCAGCAUGGGGGGGAUGGAGGGUGAAUGUGAGCUGAAGGGUGCUAGUGUGUAUGUGAGAGAUAAAAGACUGAAGGAGUGACAGAAAUAGUUAGAAACAGAUUAUGGGGAGACGCAGCCCCUUUCUUGCACGACCGAAUGGAUGAGGCGCUCACCACACCCCCUUCUGGUUUAUCACCUCCUUUUUGGGCUUCUUAUGCACCGAAAGGCCCUUUUUUUUGUUUUCUUCCUCCUCAAAGGGAGAACAAACAUCCCUUCGGGGAGCAACUGCAUGAUUUUGUUUGACCCAUGACCCUGUGCGAAACAGGAGAGGAGAUCGUAGUGGCUGCAAGAGACGCAUGUCAGCCUGCAAACACGUAGAAUAACAUGAAAGCUGAUGCUGUAAAUUAUUAAAAAAUAGUAUACGUGGGGUUAAAGGCACUAGGUGUAGGCACUGAAGCGUGUUAGUAGUCUGUGCUAUGUACCUGGGCCCAUUCUGCUGCUUUUAAUGCAACAUUUAUGCAUCAAAUUAAGACUUCGGAAAAAUCAAAAUGCAUUGAACUCACUUUAUUUUCUAAAUUUGUUGGAUCGAUACCAGUCCCACGUUGUAUCUUUAACGAAUUCACUUUCACAGUGUGUGGUCAGGUGUGUUGUUGUGAGCAGACAUGAGAUGGGCUGUGCUGUGUGUCGUACCUGCUUUGAAAACGUUUUGUGCCACCGUGGCUUCGAAAUCUAUGCUGAGCAAACAGACUCUCAGAGACACUUUGUCGGUCUGUCUGCCACUAGUGAAAGAUAAUCGCUGAAUCUGAGAUUACUGAAACCGAGCGUGCAAAGACAAAUCUGGUCAGCAGGGAUUAGAGCACCAGAUUAAAUUUAAUAGCAUUAUAGCAAAGCGCGUUAUUAAGAACAGUCCUGCAAUUGUAAUCCAUUACAAGUGCUCAUAAUCACGCUAAUCAGGAGCCAGAUUGCAAAUGCUUUUUGUACAAAUAGAUGUUCACUCAAUAUCUUACUCAAAAAAAAAAGAAAAAAAAAAUCAACAACAUGUGUUUUGAUGGUGGAUAUAAUCAUACAGUAUGUUAGGGAAAGAUAUUUUGUACAGCAUAAUGUCACGGUUUAGUCACAGUGGGUGGUGGGGGGAGUUUUGCAAGGUUGCAUUUCUUGCAAAGUAGUCCUGAGCUUCAAACUGUACUCCAGCACUGCUGUAAUUAAAUGGAAGAUGGAAUGCACAACACUUUAUUUUACAGGUCCAUAAUUCCCAAAUAACUUCUAUGAUUUUCUUAUCUUUGUAUCCCAUUUGUCUUUAAGCCCCCUAGAAACAAAAACCAAAACCUUUGGCGCUGACUAUAGGGAAAAUAAAAAAAUAUUUUAUUGAUAUGUUUCCAGUUUAUCGUCAGCAAAAUUAGCACAUGCAAAAAUAGCAAAUCUGUCUAUAUGCAAACAUAGAUUUAAAAGUUUUUUUACUAAAUCAAUUGAAUAAUAAGAGAAUAUUUAAAUGGAGCAGAUGCUUCCAGGAAAUUCUUCUGGAAAUAUCCAGCACCUCAAAGUAACUUUUGAACAAAUUGUAAUAAAUUACAUUUAAAUUUCAAGGAAAAUUACAAAUCAAAGUUAUCCAGGAAGCUUUAAAUCCAAUUUUUAAGGUAGUAAAAGGGAAUUUUUAAUGUAUCGGAUUACAUUUUCGUUCAUAGUUUUCCUUCUUAUAUCCUUUCAUCCCAGUCUGUCCAUGAAUUUGAAUGUCAUACGCCGAGAUGGGUAAGAAUCCCGUCUUAAACUCUAAUUAUCUCUGUGGCUGUUUUGCCUUUAGGUCACGCGAAUGUGCAUGUGAUAUACAACAUUUCCUUAAUACCAAAGCAUGACACCGUCACGAUGACACAAAUGGUCCAUUUGUGCGCCUGGAUGCUGCCUCCAAAUACAUAAAAAAUGACAUUUUCAUUCAGAAUCUCAAAAAAAAAACAUCCUCUGAUAUUUUGUAUUGAUGAUAAAAAGUUUUAAAAAAAUCCUCAGAAAUUUGUAUUAUCUUUCAGAGAAAUUGCACAUUUGUUUUAUUUUGAGCAAUCAACUUUCUUUUUACGGGUUUCAUUCAAUCCUAAUUCACUACAUCCCUAAUAAUUCACUUCUGCCUUUUCACUGCAAAAGGGCGCCAGGGCUUGAAUGAUUUUUUUUGGAGGGUUGAACUGGAGAUGUGCAAUCGUGGGCAACAACUAAGUGAACCCCACAGUAGCCAAGUGAACUGUAACUAUGUGUAUGUGUCCCGCAUGUAUAAAAUAUGUACUGUAUGUUGUUUCAUUCAUGAUAUUCAUGAAGAAAGAGAGCAAAGCACUGUGGCAGCGUCGGGGCAGAGCGGGGUGGAUGGACGGACAUUGAAAAACUUUCAUUUUGUAAUUAUCUGUAAGAAAAUACAGUGAAAAUGUCAAACUGUGUGGGCUGUGGGGCUGAGAGGAAUAAAGAAUGUGCAUCACCAUUCAAAGUCGAGAGUCAUGAUGAAAUUGCAAAUUCUUCCAUCUAGAAUAGCAAGUUUUUCAUCAGGACAGCUGAACCUUUCCAUGAAUUAAUGUUAAAUUGAAUUAAACCUUAAAUGUGAUAU